AUGUCUUUCUUCCGCAAGAGCUGGGGCCGCGGUGAUAAAUCAGAACCGAAGGCAGAACCUGAAAAGAGUAGUACGCAAGUGACACAAGCGACAACGAAACCCGGGCCGGGAUCAGAAUUCCCGUUCGAGGAGAGGAUGAGAGCGAGAUAUCAUGAUUCUGCAAAAUUGAAAACAUCGCUGGAUUCGAUCUAUGGCCAAGGGAAUUAUAAAGUCAAGGAAAGAGCCAACAGAUUCAUCCUCAUGCUGCCCAAGCCACUUGAAAAGGGCGAGCUAGCAGUGAUCGAACAGCGCAUUAGAGUCCACUACAGCGAUUGA